AUGUCUCAACAGCUACAAACCCAGCUAUCGUCAGCCGGAAUGGCCGAAGAUUCCGCCUACUACGUUGGACGAUACACCAUCCAAGGACUUCAAUAUGGCUGUCUCGCCGCAACACCUCUCUAUCUACUCCAAGCUGCACGUGGACGAGGUUUCUCGCUCCGCGCUUUGGCCCGUUAUAAUUGGAUUCUUCCUGUAACCGGAGCAGGAGCUGGUUCAGUCGCUGGUUAUGCCGCCACAUCGCAACUCGACCAUCCUUCUCUUGCCGCUAGAACUUCAGAGUUGCGUCUCGAUGCGCAAAGGGUUAGACAAGAUGAUUUGCAUUUGAUUGGAAGCGUGUUGGGUGCAUUGGUGCUUCCAGCAAUUUUCUUGAAGAGGACUGGACUGGUUAAUGGUUUGCUUGGUGGUGCAGGAUUGGGCGGUGCGGGGGGAAUGAUUGUUCAUCAGGUUCAAAAGUUGGGUGGUAGUGGAAGUGCGAUUGAAAAGUUGGAAGGAGAGGCGAAAGGUGCGGUUGAGAAGGGGAAAGGAAAGGUUGAGGAGAUGAAGGGUGAGGUUCAGAAGCGACUCUAA